AUUAUCGAGUUGUUGGGAACAGCUGGCGUCGGGGCGAGAGGAGAGUGCCACACGUCAUUCGGGAAGGACUCCCCCUCCUCGCUGACCGAUGCCGGAUUAUGCUCUUUCCUGCACAGACCAUGAUCGUCAUGUUCGGCCACGUGGGAUGAUCGGAUCCGAGAUCUGAUGGGCUUUCGAGUUGCGCCAAGAUUUAAAGGUACCGACUGGAUAGUUUGAAUAACCUGUUUUAGAAUGUACACCAUGAGCCUGUUCAAGCAGUUCUUGGACCUCCAUCCCGAGGUGCAGCACAUCCGAGUGGACUUUGCAGCGUAUGACAACUUCAAGUACUCCAAGGGUAUCACCGCCCGUCACGCGCGGGCUCUAGGCCAAUCCGGAGGUGUUUCUGUCCCUGGGCCCAUCUGUUUCGGUCAGACACGAUACACUCAGCUACUCUAUGAAGCGAUCAAGGACCAAGAGACAAAUCAUUUGGUGCCAGAUCAGACGACCUUACGCCUUUCGAUUGACCCGAAAGUUGCCAUGGUCCAGUGCUUUGUGACCAGUCCAAACGCCUUGCGUGACGAGAAUGAUCUUUGGGCAGCUUGCCCCAGAAAACUUCUCCAGCGUGUCAAUGAUCGAGCUGAUAAGAACGGCCUCGGCAUCAAAGUCGGUUGGGAAAUCGAGUUCCUCCUCCUUGCCUCCUCGGAUGCCACAGCGCCUCUACCUACUCCCCUCGCGUCAUUCUCCACAGCCGGUAUGGAGGAUCCCUCUUUCAAGGUCGUCUACGAUACCGUCGAACAUCUUGAAGCCAACAGGGUACCCGUCUGGACCUACCACGCAGAGUGCUCACCGCCCCACGGUGGCGGAUUUGAAAUCACCCUCUCACCUUCUUCGCCCCUCGAAUCAGCGGACAAUCUGCUCUACAGCAUGAGUAUAAUCCGACAAGUCGCCCAGAAACAUGGCUACCAUGCGACGUGUCAUCCCAAACCUUUUGAAGCUGGACCGGGGACAGGUCAACACAUACACAUGUCCAUCGCAGGCCAUGAUCUCGCAGAUUCAUUCCUGGCCGGCGUCAUGGCUAGACUGAAUCAAACUACGGCAUUUCUUCUCGGAGGCUACGAUUCCUACUCGAGACAAGGCGCUUACGGCGGUGGAUGGAUAUACCAUUCCCCUGGAAAAAUUCCACCUGUCAGAGACUGUGGAACGGCUCAUUGGGAAUUCAGAAUGCCAGAUAACCUCUGUAACCCGUAUCUCCAGCUCGCAGCCAUCAUCUGUACCGGUCUCGAGGGGAUCGAUCAACAACUUUCACCUCCCUCGGCUCGAACCAUCGACGAAAUGAUGGGCAUGUCGGCGGAUCAGGCCGCAGAACAAGGUAUCAAGGCUCUUCCCAAAUCGCUCAAAGCUGCAAUCGACGAACUGGAAGCGAAUCAGGACUGGUGGGCCGGUCAAUUCUCCAAGACCAGUAUCAAGGGGUACUUGAUGAAUUCCAGAGCAGAGAUCAGUCAGUCGGACAAGAUGGCCUAUGCGAAAAGGGUGCAACUGGCAAUGAAUCACGGUUGAUGUCAAGCAAGUCCAUCGCUGCCCGAGCAGCCCACCAAGUUCACAGCAUUCGGCUCGCAUCCAACCAGGUUUCCCCCGUCGUCGAAUGACGCUACGCAGCCUGGUGGCGAGAGGGUUUCGUGCCGAGUCCGGUGUCAA